GCGGCCUCGGGGGCUGGCGGGGGUCACCUCCCCGUCCCUGCGGCCUCUGGGCGCUUGGGCGUUCCUAAGGUGGAAGGUUGGACAUUGGUGAGUGACGAGGUUUCACUCACCCGACGGGGGAGUUCAGGCGUUCUCAGGGUGAAAGGGGAGCGGUGGUGCCAGGGCCGGGGGGCAGGAAACGGGAGGGCCUGGCGGCAGUGGGUGCUGCCAGACAACUGGUUGGCUUUACCCCAGGGACGCUUGGGGCAUCUGCUCCUCCAUGAUCUGAGCCCCAUUCUCCUCUGCCCCUGCACCGUGCUGCUUGCUGUGGCCAAAAGAAAUCUGGGUCCAUUCCGCAGCUUCCCACCCCAAAAUGUAUCAGUUAUGAAGUCAUGUGGUUCGUAGCCUCUUGUGUCCCAAACUACUGGGGAGAACAUUACGUCAGCCAAACUCAAUACCUUGUUUGUAUGUUCAUAUUACGGAUUUGAGCGUUGAAGCAGUGGGAGGUGAAUGGCCACAGCCAGGUCAGCGCAUGGCCGUGUGGUGACUGGGACAGUUCGGGAUGUAUACAGACAUGAAUCUCUUUGUGCUCGGGAACUGGUCGGCUUUCGGAAGACGACGCGUGGCUCCGUGUCAGAAAGUCAGAGCAGGGCCAGGGAGCAUCGCUGCAUGGCCUCACGCCGGGCGGCCAGUGCCAGGGCUUGGGCAGGCGUGUGUGGACUCCUGUGCCUGCUGAGCAACACGGGCUGGUCUCCAGCCUGCGCUGCCUGUUGCGCUGCCUGUUGCGCUGCCUGUUGCGCUGCCUGUUGCGCUGCCUGUUGCGCUGCCUGUUGCGCUGCCUGUUGCGCUGCCUGUUGCGCUGCCUGUUGCGCUGCCUGUCUCCCUUGAAGGUGUCUAGUUGGUGAAUGCUCUGCCUAUGUUUGCUGCAUCUCUGCCCUGAGGCUUAGGGACACGCUGCAGGAAUAUGCAACCGAGCAUUGUCACCCAGCCUGGGGGUGCACAACGGUGAAUGGGGUCUGUCUGAAGGGCACAUUGGAUUUGGGAACCAUGAGGGAAGUUGGGGCUUCCCAAGGGUUGGGAGGCGCUGGCAGAAAGCUUCGCUAGGGGGGAAGCGGUCCCCCGCGCCUGGUGGGGCUGAGUGACAGCUGUUGGUGUGGCAGCUGUGCUGUCAGGUCCCGGGGAGCUGCUGUACUUUUGGUCUCUCUCCAGGCGUAGCUGGGAUUCCUGUGGUGGGGCCACUUCCCAGAGUCCCCCUCUCCUCCCGGGACGGCUUUUCUCUUGGUCUCAGGCGACAACUUGUGCCUUUUCCCCUCCCAAAGCUCUGCUGCUCUUGAGUCUAACACUUCCAUGGAGAACACGUAGGUUGGUAGGAGCUGACUGUGGGCAGCGUGUGCUGAGCAGCAAAUGCUGUUACCGUGCCAUCUCCCCCAGCUCUGGGGGAACACAGGGGGCUUCUGGAGGAGUGACAUGGGCAGCUGCAGGGACUGGAGCAGCAGUGGGGGCUCAGAGCCAUCAGGUAGGUCUGCAGGCGGAGGGUGGAGGCAAAGGGUGUAUGUGAGUGCAAGGGCUGUCACAUUUAUACCCUCUGCUGAGCUGGCUGUUCUGAGAUCCGGCAGCACAGGAGGAGCUGGGGGUGCUGGUGCAGGGUUAGCAAUUGCCCUGUGGUGGGAGUUGUCAGGCGGUUUUCUUUGAUGUUCGCCUUAUUCUUUGGAGGUUGGCUGGCCUGUGAAAAGCUUGAGAGACUGGGCAGAGUGGUCUGUAAUCCAGCAGUACAGGGCUUUAGCUUUCAGGUGUGUGCAGCUGGGCCACAGGAGGCUCUGUUGGUUUAAGCAAUCCCUUAAAAAUUACAUGCGCUCUUCAGGAGUCCCGCAUCUCGCCUUCAUUUGUGGAGGUGGCCACAGGAGAGGUGGGGCUGUCAGUAAGUCGUGAAUUGGAAAUACUGUGCUUAUUGCAGGAACAUCCUCAAACAGUGCUGGUGGGGUGUUGGUGGAGAUGGAGAAGGAACAGGGAGAGCUGCCAGGGGUAAACAAGCUUUCCAGAGAAGGCUGUUGUCUGUGCAGCCUGUUCUGUGAAGGGCUCGGGACCAGCUCAGCUCUUGGCAGAGGUUGUUGCUCCUUUUUGAAGUGUCAGUGGGUUCCCUGGAGCAGGAGGUGUCCUGGUGUGCAUUGGCACAAGGCACUGAUGACUGGUGCUCCUUGAGCAGCUGCCCAGCUCUGGCUGGUGCCUGUCUCCUCCCAUUGCCCUGCAUUUUGGGGUAGGUUGGGGAAACGGGGCGUUAGAAGCAUCUUCUGGGGCGGCGGAAGGGAUGUCACCCACAGAGGAAGCUGCUAUGAGUUCCACACAUGUGUUACUGCUCCAGGCAGUAGCAAGGCAAGGACUUGAGCCUGUGGCCCAGCCGGAAUUGCGGCGUGGGAGAGGUUGGGCAGGGGCAGUGGGGACAUGGGCAGGGCUGGCCCUGUUGUGGGUUGGUGGGUGACCCAUGCAGAGCUGGGUGUGGCUGCAGCAGUGAGAGCCAGUGCUUUGCGUGGAACUGGAAGAUCUGUUGCUCCACUGAUGUGACAUGGUCUCUGCUAACCGGACUGUGAUUUGGGGUCCACAGCUGUCAGUGGCUCCUCCUUGGUGGCCAGCCUGGCUGCGCUCCCCUCGCCGGCCCUGCUGGCAGACGUGCCAGGACGUGCUGCCUCUGGAUUCAGGGUUGACGCCGUGCGUGGGGCUGGAGCUGCCAAGGGGCGGGUGUGCGGCUGGGCUGGUUCUGCUCUCCCGACUGGCAACAGUGCUGGUUAUGCUGGUCAGACCAGUGCUGCCCUCCCACUGCGCCUCUUCCCUAAGCCGUUCGGAAUGGUGUUCCCUGUUGAUGUUCGGAAUAGCCAGGCUCUCUCUGGGCUCUCUCGGCACUGGCUGGAGGUGGGCGUGUGCCGGGGGAGCUGGAUGGUGAGCGCUCACGGUUGGCAGGACUUGUGUUAAUAAACUGUUGUUCUCACCCGUUCAGCUCCAGCUGCCCUUCCUCCCGCAGCUCCUGCUGCUGCUCCUGUCCCAGCGCCAGCUGUUCUUCAUGCUGCUCAUUCCCCACCUCUGACUCCGUCUCUGCGCCCCGCAGGCCAGUCUCUCCCAGCAGAGCCACCCAGCCCUGCUGUGGCUCUGCCUACCCCUGCUGGUCCCCCGGCCCCGGUUUCCCCACCUGUGGUCCCAGCUGCGGCGAUCCCAGUGUUUUCCGUUCCCCCCCAGCUCCCUGCCCCAGCUCCGCAGGUACCAGUUACCACUUCCUCUCCUCCAGCCCCAGCUCCGCAGCCCCCGAUGGGUUUUGCAGCCCCAGGAUCUCCAGGGCCUGCUCCAGUUAGCCCAGUGUCUCUGGGACUCCCAGCCCCAGUGUCUUCUGCUCUGGCUGCUGCUCCCGCUGCAGUGACAGUGGCCCCCCUUGCCCCGGGCAUGAGCCCUGGUUCUCCCCCUGCAGCUUUCCCCUCUGCUGUGAAAGCUGCCCCUAUGGCAUUCCCCACGUUCCUGCCUGCUCCUGCUGUGCCUCCUGUGGCUGCAGCUUGUCCCCAGAGCCCGGGCUCUCCCCCUCUUCCCCCGGCAGCCCCGCUUUGCCCUGUCACAGCACUGGCAACAGCUGCCCCAGCAGUACCAGUGUCUCCUGGCAGCCCUGCCCCUGCCCUGCUGGCUUCUGCUUCAGCCUCCCCCCAAGCCCCGGCCCCCGACUCUGCCCUGCCCCCCCUCGCUCUUUCCCCAUGCCCAGCCCUGGCCGGUGCCAGCUCUCCACCUGUCUUCCUGGCUGCCCCCACAGCCCUGGCCCCGUUGUCACCCCCUGCUCCUCUGGUGCCAGCUGGGAUGUCUCCUGGGAGUCCUGCUGCUGCCCCACAGGGCCCAGCUCCUGGUGCUCCAGUCUCUCCGCUGGUCCCAGUUGCUCCUUCUGUUGCCAAGACCUGUCCCAUGGGCCCUGCCCCAGUGGCCCCGGCUGCUGCCCCUGCAGCUCCAGCGGCUCCAGCUGUGGGAGACCCAGUCCCUCCCUCUGUGGCCAGGACACCUCCCGGGAGUCCGGACCAUCAGGUAGUGCCUGCCACUGCGGCAGCUCCCAUCACUCCUGCCCUGUCCAGACCCGGUCUGGGAGCUGCCCCAUCUCCCCCAGGGCCACCAACAGCAGCAGCUCCCAGUGCUGCACCAGCAAUGGCCAUGGCUGCUUUGCCCAAAGCAGCUCCAGCGAGCCCAGUCUCGCCACCAACAGCUCCUGUGCCUGCUGCCCCCUCGGGCCCUGCCAGCUCCCUGCCUGUCACACCGGUGAUGGCAGCUCUGGCCACCCCUCCUGCACCCAAAGUGGCACCGGCGAGCCCUGUCACUGUCCUGUCUGCCCCCAUAGCCCCUGCCAGCUCCCCGCCUGUCACACUGGCGGUGGCAGCUGUGGCCACAGCAGCACCUGUGAGCCCUGUCACUGCCCUGUCUGCCCCCUCGGCCCCUGCCAGCUCCCUGCCUGUCACACCAGUGGUGGCAGCUCCAGCCACCCUUCCUGCGCCCAAAGUGGCACUGGCAAGCCCUGUCACUGCCCCGUCUGCCCCCUUGGCCCCUGCUAGCUCCCUGCCUGUCACACCGGUGGUGGCAGCUCCGGCAACCCCUCCUGUGGCCAAAGCGGCACCAGCGAGCCUCAUCACUGCCCUGUCUGUUCCCUCGGCCCCAGCCACCCCUCCUCCUGUCACACCGGUGGUGGCAGCUCCGGCCACCCCUCCUGCGUCCAAAUCGCCUCCCAUGAGCCCCAUCACUGCCCCAUCUGCUCCCUCUGCCCCAGCUACACUGGCAGUGGCAGCUCCACCAGCUCCGGCUGCCCUGCCCACAGCCAAAGCAGCUCCCAAGAGCCCUCUUUCUGCUCCCUUUGCCCCAGCUCCUGCAGCUCCAGCUCCCCCUCCUGCAGCCAAAUCACCUCCCGUGAGCCCUGUCACUGCCCCGUCUGCCCCUGCCAGCUUCCUGCCUGUCACACCAGCAGUGGCAGCUCCGGCCACUCCUCCUGUGGCCAAAGUUGCUCCUGUGAGCCCCAUCACUGUUCUGGCUGCUCCUUCUGCCCCUGCCACACUGGCAGUGGCAGCUCCACCAGCUCCAGCUGCCCCUCCCACAGCCAAAGCAGCUCCCAAGAGCCCUGUUGCUUCUCCCUCUGCCCCAGCUCCACCAGCUCCAGCUGCCCCUCCCACAGCCAAAGCAGCUCCCAAGAGCCCUGUCGCUUCUCCCUCUGCCCCAGCUACACUAGCUCCAGCUGCCCCUCCUGCAGUCAAAGCAGCUCCCAAAGGCCCUGUUGCUGCUUCCUCUGCCCCAGCUACACUGGCUCCUGCAGCUCCAGCUCCCCCCCGGGCAGCCAAAAAGCCUCCAAAGAGCAGCCCUGCCACUGCUCCGCCUGCUCCCUCUGCCCCUGCUGCACCAGUGCCUGCAGCUCUGCCAGCUCCAGCUGCCCCUCCUGCAGCCAAAGCACCUCCCAAGAGCCCUGUUGCAGCCACACCAGCUCCUGCAGCUCCACCAGCUCCAGCUGCCCGCCCAGCAGCCCCUGCCCCAGCACGUGGCACACCAGCUCCCACUGCAGGCACAGUUGCCCCAGCCCCGGGGGUUCCUGGUACCCCCCUGAAGCCAUCGGCCGAUCGUGCCACCCCUGCUCCCCAGAAACCAGAAGCCAGUCUUCCUGGCUCUGCCCCAGCGGGUAGCCUCCCCCCGCCUGCCUCUUCUGCACCAAGCACUCCCCCUGUGAAGAAGCAGACCCCUCCCAGUAAGGUUGCCAAGCUGGCCCCCUGCCCUGCCCCAUCCAAACCCACCUCGAAGGCCCUGGCCCCUGUCAGCACUGCCAUCGACGACGACGACCUGCCACCUCUGAUCCCCCCAGAGCUGCCUGCUGCUGAGCCACCAGUGCAGCCCAUCCUGGUGGACCUCUCUCCCCGAGCAGCCGUGGCCCCUGCUGAGGCCCCUGCUCCUCCAGCUAAGCAGCCUGUCUUGAAGAAUGACAAGGGUAUUUGUCGCCUUGGUUUGCCGUGUGCAUGGAGUGUCACUGGUUGCCCACUGGAUACUAACCCAUAGAUGGGGCCUGGGUGCCCGACGUUGCUUGGUGGGUCAGUCUAGACAAGUAGUCUCUGGAAGUGCCGUGGCGGAGGCAGGCAUGAACCAUGCCAGGCCGAGCUGAACCUGCCCGAGCCGCUGGUGAGCCGGGGAUUGGUGAGGGGAGACGACCCCCAGCCACGGGAUCAGACAGGUCGCGGCUCGGCAUGGUCCAGCGCCAGCGGGUUGGUGUCACUAACGCGUGUUCUCGGGCAUGGAGCACGGUGUGGCUUGUGGCGCGGGCGCUGUGACUGUUGACUGAGCUGGCUUCACACUGAGACUCUGGGAAGAGCUGCCAUGUGCCUGUACCCCGUUUUGCGUGUCUGGUGUCCACUGUGGUUUUCCCUGUGCUUGUCUGCCAGUGGAGGGGAGCUGUGGGCAGUGCAGGUGCCAAAACAGGCCCGUCCCUGUGCUCUGCGGAAACUCCUUCGCCUGCCUCAGCUGUUGGGAUGCCCCGGGCGUGCUCUGACAGCCUGCAGAGAGCUUUGCCUAGGGCUCCUGCGUGCUCAGCAUGGCCAUGGGCACAGAGGGCCUUUCCAGGGAAGGAAACAGGACUGAAUUCAGGUAAUGGCUGCAUGGGAGGGUGUUGUGGUCACCCUCCAGCCUCCUCCAAGACUGGAGAUGCCCAGCUCUGAUGCCUUCACUGCUGCGGGGUCGGACACGGCUGUGCCGUGGUUCCCAAGCUAGUCGUGGCACUGCAGCGGUGGCACAGGAGCUCGCAGCCCUCUGAGCCUCCCUGGCUCUGGCAGUUUUCAGGACCAGGCACAGAUGCCAACCCGAGCAUCCAAAGAUGCUGUUCCCUGAUGAGGGUUUACAAGGUAAUUGCAAAUUGUCCCCUGUAGUGAAGUAAUGGAAAGGUACAGCAGCCCCAAGGACUCAGUGAACUGGGUCUCAUUUCCAUGCUGUGUGUCUGAGCUCCUGCAACCCCAGCUUCACUGCUGCCUGAACAGGUUCAAGGGGAACCAAGGGAGUUCCUGUCAGCGUCGGGCUGCUGCUGACUCACCACCCAGGGAGUGCCGCCCGGUGCUCCUCCAGCCAGGCUGCCGCACUGGCCAGAGCAGUGCCUCCGACUGGGGGAGCGGCUCCGGCUGGGGCUGUCUCCUGAGGACUGAGCGUUCCGCAGCGAGCCUCCGGGCACCUGCGGUGCUCUGGCACCUGGCAGGAGCGCGGCCCAGCCCAGGCCAGCUCCUCUGCAGGUUCUCCCUACUGUGUAGGGGAGCUUCCACCAUGGUGAGACUGCUCGGAAGAGGCUCUUGGGCCACCUGCUGCUGAUGGUGUUGGGCAUUGCUGGGAGAGCUCCUUCCACCAGAUACUGCUUACCCAUGCUGACCAGCAGUCGUGUCAGCACUCAGAACCCCCAGCUGUAAAGGCUACGCUGAAGCAGUGUGGUUCUUUGAUCUUGCUGUGUCCCCUGGACCUACCUGAGCUGGAAAGUGUGAUGUGUGUUUGUUUCUGUAGGGUCUGGAACAGAGUCUGACAGUGAUGAAUCUGUACCAGAG